AUCUCAUUAUUGAAAUUAUGCUGCUACUCUUUUUUUAGGUCGGAUGUCGAUGAAGGAGGUCGAUACGCAAAUGUUAAACGUACAAAGCAAGAACAGCAGCUACUUUGUUGAAUGGAUACCGAAUAAUGUAAAGGUGGCCGUUUGUGAUAUACCACCACGUGGCCUCAAAAUGUCCGCCACAUUCAUCGGAAAUAGCACAGCCAUACAGGAGAUCUUCAAGCGUAUAGCGGAGCAAUUUACAGCCAUGUUCCGGCGCAAGGCGUUCCUGCAUUGGUACACCGGUGAGGGCAUGGACGAAAUGGAAUUUACCGAAGCUGAAUCGAAUAUGCACGAUUUGAUUUCGGAAUAUCAACAGUAUCAGGAGGCUGUCGUCGAUGACGAUGUCGAAUUCGAUGACGAACACAACGCAUACGAAGAAAAUUCCAUACAAAAUGGUGGCAUGUAGUGAGUCACGAGGAGAAAUUGCCACGUGUCGAUAGCCAAUUCGCCUAUUAGUAGAGUAUUAACUACAUAUUUCUGCUGUGGUUCAUUCAAAAAUUCAGCUUGAAUAUAAAGAUUUGUUAAGCCGGAAGCUUGUAGAAUAAAAAAGAAAAUUAAAAAUAAAAUUGAAAUGUUUUUUACAAGAAAAAAAUUAAAAAUACAUAUCAAC